GUUCUGCAGUGUGAUGUUCAGGGUCAGAAAUGCCUUAUGUGGAUCGUCAGAAUCGCAUUUGUGGUUUCCUAGAUAUUGAAGAAAAUGAGAAUAGUGGGAAAUUCCUGCGGCGGUACUUCAUUCUGGACACAAGAGAAGACAGUCUGGUGUGGUACAUGGAUAACCCACAGAAUCUUCCGUCUGGAUCUCCACCUGUUGGAGUCAUUAAACUUACCUAUAUUUCAAAGGUUAGCGAUGCAACUAAGCUAAGGCCAAAGGCAGAGUUCUGUUUUGUUAUGAAUGCAGGGAUGAGAAAAUACUUUCUACAAGCCAAUGAUCAGCAGGACCUAGUUGAAUGGGUGAAUGUUCUGAACAAAGCUACCAAAAUCACAGUACCAAAGCAGUCUGAUCCUCUGUGUCAAAUGGAUAAUGCAAAUCGUCAAGCUGAAAGCCCAGGUGGAAAGAAACAAGUGUCUUACAGGACAGAAAUUGUUGGUGGUGUUCCUAUCAUUACCCCUACCCAGAAAGAAGAAAUCAGUGAGGGCAGUGAAGGGGGUGAUAGGAAUUAUUUGAAACGGUCACAAAGUCACCUUCCUUAUUUUACUGCUAAGCAUCCCCCAGAUAAUGCUAUUAUCAAAGCUGGCUACUGUGUCAAACAAGGAGCAGUGAUGAAGAACUGGAAGAGAAGAUACUUUCAAUUAGAUGAAAACACAAUAGGAUAUUUCAAGUCUGAACUGGAAAAGGAACCUCUCAGGGUUAUACCACUCAAGGAGGUCCAUAAAGUUCAGGAAUGCAAACAAAGCGAUAUAAUGAUGAGAGACAAUCUCUUUGAAAUUGUAACAACUUCUCGAACCUUUUAUGUACAGGCGGACAGUCCAGAAGACAUGCACAGUUGGAUAAAAGCAAUUUCUGGGGCCAUUGUAGCACAGCGGGGACCUGGAAGAUCAGCAGCUUCUAUGCGGCAGGCCAGAAGGCUGUCGAAUCCUUGUAUACAGAGGAGCAUACCGAGUCUUCUUCCGAACCCAACCAUGCUCUCCGUUCUGCCGUCCCAGUCUCAGCCACCUCACAUUCCGCAGCCGCUCACGGCAGCCCUCUGGUCCCAAACCCUCACGCCAAAUACCCUGCCUUGGAGAAGCGAGGAUUUCACGAAUCUUUUACCAAGGCCAAGCCAGGGAGCUACAAGAUCCAGGUUGUCGCUCCAAGAGAAUCAGCUUCCAAAGUGACUGAAUGGGGCCUAUUGGAACCCGAAAAUAAAAAUGGCACUCAGGAACAGGAUCCUGGCCUUGUGGAUCUGGAUGAUGCAAGCCUUCCAGUUAGCGAUGUGUAGUGAUGGAAGUGUUUGGAGAAUGAUCCAUUUGUUCGGUCCUCUAAUUUCCUUGCUCGGACUUUUAACCAAAGAAAAUUAUAGGAAAUGAGAACAAAAAAA